CACGGUUGUUUCCUGCUGUUUUCUGAGAGUAAAGAUGGGUCAAAACGUCUGUAAAUGCGUUAAAGGCGAAGGCGAAGAUGGCGAUUCCGAAGUGUACACGCUACUUCAACCUGCAGAACCGACCAGUGAUGCGAGAGACCAUCCGCCUCCACCAGCGGGCGCUACUGAGGGAGAUGUGGUACACGACAGAGAUGCUGGAAGGAAGAAGAGGAGAUUUUGGAGAAAGUUUUGGAGGAAAAGAUCUCAGGAUGAAAGAGAAGAGCACACAAUACACCAAAAUACAUCUGCGCCAUCAACCGCUGAUGCACUCGACCCUUCACCUCCACCAGCGGCUGAUAUUCACGAAGAGGAGGAUGAAAACAAAGAUGAGGGGAAGAAAAAGAUGUUCUGGAAGAGGUUGUGGAGAAAAGGUCGCAGAGGAGCUCAAAGUGAGAGUGAAGAAGAGUCUGACAGAAGUCUUGAGGAUCACAAGCAGGAAACUCCUGAUCUUCUGAGGGAGGCCGGAGUCCAGCUGACUUCACCUCACAACUCCGUGUCUCACUCCUCCGUGUCUCACUCCUCCGUGUCUCACCCCUCCUCCGUGUCUCACCCCUCCUCCGUGUCUCACCCCUCCUCCGUGUCUCACCCCUCCGUGUCUCACCCCUCCGUGUCUCACCCCUCUGUGUCUGGCUCAAGCGAUGGAAUAUGGAGCACAUCAAAUCUUUCUUCGUCAGGUUCAGACUCAGAAAGUGAGAACAGCUUUCACGCCGCUUUCAGUCUUGACAAGGACCUGGUGGAGGUUAAUGAGGAAGGGGAUGUGAUUUAUAAAAUCCACUCCUGUCAGUAUAAGAUGGGCAAACUGCUUGGUCAAGGAGGAAAUGGAUUCGUGUUUGAAGCGAUUCGUGUGAGCGACGGCCUAAAGGUGGCAGUGAAAAUUGUCCAGGAUGUGCCUCCGGAUUGUAUUUCCAUUCCCGGUCAUCCUGACCCUCUUCAAAGAGAGAUCGCACUUCAUAUCCUCGCCAAUGAAGGAGAUCACGUUCCUGAAAUCAUCCAGCUUUUGGACUGGGAGGAUCGUGAUGACAAAUACUUCAUGGUCCUAGAGCAUCCUUCUCCGUGCAUGGAUUUGUUUGACUUUAUUGAACGCAGAGGAGGAAGAAUCACAGAGAGCUUAGCCCGGAGCAUCAUGAAGCAGGCGAUCCAGGCUGCUAUUGAAUGUUUCAAUCGGGGAGUUUACCACAUGGACCUCAAACUGGAAAACUUUCUAAUCAACACCGAAACAUUUGACAUCAAACUCAUUGACUUUGGCUGUGGCGAGCUGCUCAAAGAAACGUUGUACACCUCAGUUAAUGGCACACAGGAAUACUGGUGUCCAGAGUUCAUGGAAACGGGCGAGUAUCACGCAGUGCCGAUGACAGUGUGGUCACUCGGCAUGAUGUUGUUUGUGAUGAUGUACCGGGAUUUUCCUGACCCUAAGAUCCUGGAGCAGAUCGAUAGCAAAGAUUGGAAGAAAGAUUUCUUGACCAAAGAAUGCUGCAGUUUUAUUCACGCUUGCCUGCAGAAGGAUCCUGACCAACGCAUGCGGCUAAGCGACAUCUUUCAUCACGAGUGGUUUCACGUAAGGAAUGUGCAGGGGAGGUUUAGAUAAAUUAAUGCUGUCGGGAGGUUCAGUAAGUAUAAAAACCGCCACAUCGUAUCUCCUAAAGGCGUACACACACCUGUACACCCUUCUUUAAAACUUUUUUUUUACAACAAUUUUGUUUUAAACAUAAACUUAGCUGGUUCUUAUAUUUUCUUUUAUAAAGCAAAACUAAAUAUCUAAAUUUAAUUUUUC